AGCUGAUGACCAUCUUCUAUCCGAGCCAGCACUUUUCCACGUGAGACCGAGAGCCUGGAAACUGCUCUCCUGGCUCUGUCCCCACAUGCAGUUAUCUAAUGAUCAUUAUUAUUGCACAUGGGAGAAUUAAGACGUGCCCAGGGAAUCUCUGGAUGUCACGCACAGUUCUGCUUGCCCUCCUAUAGCUGGAACCCAAUCCCCCUCUUGGUAAGCGGGAUCAGUUAUCCCAAUUCUAUCACUAUGAGGUGCCAAAAUAAUCAGGGGGCAAUUUCAGUUUCCAAUUCAAUAGAAACAUAGCUGGGCCCUGUAGUGGAAGCACUUCUUCCUUUUGAAUUAGGACUUCCGAAAAAUGAUAAACCCAAGGUUGUAGACAGGAUGUGCUGGGUAUUUUCCAUUUGUCCUGUCAGUGUUUGUCCCUAGGAGACUGACCUUGAUAGAGUGCAUGGUCCUGUCUCCUUCCUCUUCUGGCUUCCUGUCCACUCUCAGUAUUAAACCUAUUCUGCAAGUAGAAAAGCCCUUAAAAAAUGUUUAUAACUGUGGAUUACAUGGCUAAGUGACAACCUCUCAUGGGACACAUUCUCUUCCUGGAUCAGACGUAACAGUGGUGGUUGACAAUAAUUUCUGGAGAAUGACGGCUCAUUCAAGUCUCAUGAAAGUCUAUGGAGGCUUAGGGCAGCGCAGAAGCAGGGAUUCUUACACACGUAGGUGACUGGCAAGGCUCACUGAGGUCUUUGAGACUGUCGUUCUGCUUCCUCUGCCUCCUCAAAAUCUCACAGCUGAGUCGCUGCUGUUGACUUUGCCCCUUUGACCUGCCUUUUCCAGGCAAAAUUCUGGUGUAGGCCAGGUCAGGCGUGCGGGCUCUUUAAGGAAGUCAACGGCUGCGCUGAUUGGCUGAGGAUCGGAAUCCACUGUCAAGGCUCGUCCAUCUGCGAGGCGAGGCCCGGUUCCCGACGCUGUCUAGGGGACCCCGAGCCUGAAGGACUCUGCCGCCAUCCGCCGUCCGCUGCCCAGUCAAGAUGGGGUUUAUAUUUUCAAAAUCUAUGAAUGAAAACAUGAAAAAUCAACAGGAGUUCAUGCUUAUGAAUGCUCGACUUCAGCUGGAAAGGCAGCUAAUGAUGCAGAAUGAAAUGAGAGAAAGACAAAUGGCCAUGCAGAUUGCUUGGUCUAGGGAAUUCCUCAAAUAUUUUGGAACAUUUUUUGGCAUUGCAGCCAUCUCUUUAACAGCUGGAGCAAUAAAAAGGAAGACACCAGCCUUCCUCUUCCCUCUCGUUCCCUUAAGCUUUGUCCUUACCUACCAGUAUGACCUAGGCUAUGGGACCCUUCUACAAAGAAUGAAAGGUGAAGCUGAGAACAUACUGGAAACAGAAAAGAGUAAGUUGCAGCUGCCAAAAGGAAUGAUUACUUUUGAAAGCCUUGAAAAAUCCAGAAGGGAACAAAGUAAAUUCUUCAUAGACAAAUGAAAUCAUGUUUACCCACUGAAUCUCAAAACACAGAAUUGUUGACUUGAAUCAUGGUUUUUAUAACUUUUUAAAUGCUCAAAAUUUUGAUAUCAUGGAUUCAGUAUUUUAAAAUGUUAAAAUGCAAGAUCUGUUUUGUUAAGCUAUUUUAAAAUAAAAUUUAUAACACUCAACAAAAAAUGGAGGUACUCUAAAUAACUUUCAGAUUUCUAUGUAUGUAUAUUACAAAUAUCUAAGUGUAAAAUUAAUAAACUACAUUGUUUCAAAUUCCUG